GGUCCCAGGCGCUUUGGGAGCCGCCGGAUACCGUUCAGACAUGGCCAAGUCCAAGAACCACACCACACAAAACCAGUCCAGGAAUUGGCACAGAAAUGGCAUCAAGAAACCCCAAUCACAAAGAUACAAAUAUCUUAAGGGGGUCGACCCCAAGUUCCUGAGGAACAUGCACUUUGUCAAGAAACACAACAAGCAAGGCCUGAAGAAGAUGCAGGCAAACAAUGCAAAGGCCAUGAGUGCUUGCGCAGAGGCCAUCAAGGACCUUGUAAAGCCCAAGGUGGUGAAGCCCAAGAUGCCGAAGGGCCCCAGCCGCAAACUCAGCCGCCUUGCUUUCAUCGCUCACCCCAAACUUGGGAAGCGGAUUAGAAGCUACAUGGCCACGGGUCGCAGGCUCUGCCAACCAAAGCCCAAGGUUCAAACCAAGGCAGAGGCCUCGGCUCCAGCUAAGCCCCAGCUUCGGCUCCAGCUCAGGCUCCCAAAGGUGCCCAGGCCCUUGUGA